CAGAGUUGCGCCGGCGUGAGGAAAGGAGAUCACAGGCAAGGAGGAAAAACUAACAGCAGCAUUGCUCACCUGAGACCUCAGAUGCUCCCAUGAGUUUUGGAGGUGCUCUGCUCCCUACAGCAAAGACACCAUUAAAAAAAAAAAAAUACUAUUCUUCUGACUUUGCUUUUACACAAAGGUUCUGUGAUAUUUCUGCUCCUCCGUUUAAAAGCCAGAAGAUUUGACAGCAAUAAGGUUUUCAAAACCCGGAAUUUGCAUUGUUUUUCAGUGCACUGACUUCCAGGACAAGGACUCAUCUGCACCCGCCCAAAUACCAUGGCACUGCGUGCGCCCUUUGCCACCGGAUCCUCCCCUUCCAAUGAGACUUUCUGAUUGUGUCUACCAACUCUCCUAUUAGGAAACCCGUGGGUUGCAUGCAGCUAUUCUGUUGUAUUCUCUUUCUCACUCCCUCCCCUCUCUCACUCACACUCUUGCUGGAGGCACACCAAUACCGUUCUGCUGAGAAGAAAAAGCCCACAACUACCGUCAGCGAUUAAGACAAUAUGCGCAACUCUCGCCUUUCAUAGCCACCACUAUUUAAAUCUGGCAAGAGCCAACACCAGUCUUUGCAAGAAUGGAGUCGGUAAAACAAAGGAUUUUGACCCCAGGAAAAGAGGGGCUAAAGAAUUUUGCUGGAAAAUCCCUUGGCCAGAUCUACAGGGUACUGGAGAAGAAGCAAGACACCGGGGAGACCAUCGAGCUGACGGAGGAUGGGAAGCCCCUGGAGGUGCCAGAGAAGAAGGCUCCACUCUGCGACUGCACCUGCUUUGGCCUGCCGCGUCGCUACAUCAUCGCCAUCAUGAGCGGCCUGGGCUUCUGCAUCUCCUUCGGCAUCCGCUGCAACCUGGGCGUGGCCAUCGUGGACAUGGUCAACAACAGCACCAUCCACCGCGGGGGCAAGGUCAUCAAGGAGAAAGCCAAAUUCAACUGGGACCCAGAAACCGUGGGGAUGAUCCACGGUUCUUUCUUUUGGGGCUACAUCAUCACCCAGAUUCCGGGCGGCUACAUCGCGUCUCGGCUGGCCGCCAACAGGGUUUUUGGAGCUGCCAUACUUCUUACAUCUACUCUGAAUAUGCUAAUCCCAUCAGCAGCCAGAGUGCAUUAUGGGUGCGUCAUCUUUGUCCGGAUACUGCAGGGGCUUGUUGAGGGUGUCACCUACCCAGCAUGUCAUGGGAUAUGGAGUAAAUGGGCUCCUCCUCUAGAGAGGAGUAGAUUGGCAACCACUUCCUUUUGCGGUUCAUAUGCUGGAGCUGUAAUUGCAAUGCCUUUAGCUGGCAUUCUUGUGCAGUAUACUGGUUGGUCUUCAGUAUUCUAUGUCUAUGGAAGCUUUGGAAUGGUCUGGUACAUGUUUUGGCUUUUGGUGUCUUAUGAGAGUCCUGCAAAGCAUCCUACUAUUACAGAUGAAGAACGUAGGUACAUUGAAGAAAGCAUUGGAGAGAGUGCAAAUCUUUUAGGUGCAAUGGAAAAAUUCAAGACCCCAUGGAGGAAAUUUUUUACAUCUAUGCCUGUCUAUGCAAUAAUUGUUGCCAACUUCUGCAGAAGCUGGACGUUUUACUUACUACUGAUUAGUCAGCCAGCAUACUUUGAGGAAGUCUUUGGAUUUGAAAUCAGCAAGGUUGGCAUGCUAUCUGCUGUGCCACACUUAGUAAUGACAAUUAUUGUGCCCAUUGGAGGACAGAUUGCAGAUUUUCUAAGAAGCAAGCAAAUUCUUUCAACUACUACAGUAAGAAAGAUCAUGAAUUGUGGUGGUUUUGGCAUGGAAGCAACCCUGCUUCUGGUCGUUGGCUAUUCUCACACUAGAGGGGUAGCUAUCUCAUUCUUGGUACUUGCAGUGGGAUUCAGUGGAUUUGCUAUUUCUGGUUUCAAUGUUAACCACUUGGAUAUUGCUCCGAGAUAUGCCAGUAUAUUAAUGGGCAUUUCAAAUGGUGUUGGCACAUUGUCAGGAAUGGUUUGCCCUAUCAUUGUUGGUGCAAUGACAAAGAAUAAGUCACGUGAAGAAUGGCAGUAUGUUUUCCUGAUUGCUGCCCUGGUCCACUACGGCGGAGUUGUAUUUUAUGCAAUAUUUGCCUCAGGAGAGAAGCAACCCUGGGCAGACCCUGAGGAAACAAGUGAAGAAAAAUGUGGAUUUAUCCAUGAAGAUGAGCUCGAUGAAGAAACAGGGGACAUUACUCAAAAUUAUAUAAAUUAUGGUACCACCAAGUCUUAUGGUGCCACAACACAGGCCAAUGGAGGUUGGCCUAAUGGUUGGGAAAAGAAGGAGGAAUUUGUACAAGAAGAAGUACAAGACUCAUACACCUAUAAGGAGCGAGAUGACUAUUCAUAACAAAGCUAAUUGCUGGAUUUAUUUUUAGUGUUUGUGAUUAAAUUAAUUGUGAUUGCACAAAAAU